UGCGGUGCCCACUUGUGUGGCAUGUGGCAGUUUAUUCUCAGGGAGCUCACGAAGCACCAGUAAUCAUUACACCUCUUUUACGAGGAGGAAAACUGAGUCCCAGAAAGGUCCAAGGUCACAUCCGCAGUAGCCUUGAAUCCUGAGACCUCGGGGUUGGAACCUUCCCGGACUCAUGCAAGUCCCUGCCUGUGGAGGGGGCGGCCGAGAGGCGCCAGACUUGCCAGCUGCCGCGGGAUGCCACGUGAGGGGCGGGGACCCUGCGGGGAAGUGAUUAAAAGCACAGUCGAGCCGCAGGGGGCCGCUGCGGGGAGGGUCUUCUUGGGGCCGCCUUGCCCCGCCCCAGUCCGGUAGUGGCUGGGGUUCGAGCCACUGCUCCGCAGGUCUGAGUGUACGGGGCAUGAGCGGGGUUUGGGGGGCCGGAGGGCCUCGGUGCCAGGCGGCGCUCGCGGUCCUGGCCUCUCUGUGCCGGGCCCGGCCACCCCCUCUCGGGCUGGACGUGGAGACUUGUCGGAGCUUCGAGCUGCAGCCCCCGGAGCAGAGUCCGAGCGCGGCCGACUCAGCUGUGCUGGAUGCCCAGGAGGAGCAAGGAGGCCUCCAGCCCCUCUUCUGCUAACCCUGCUUCAGAGACCCUCCCAAGUCCCAGCUCCAGACGCAACAUGGCAGAUAAGCUGAAGGACCCCAGUGCUCUGGGCUUCCUGGAGGCGGCUGUGAAGAUCAGCCACACUUCCCCAGAUAUCCCAGCAGAGGUGCAGAUGUCAGUCAAAGAGCACAUCAUGCGUCACACAAGGCUGCAGCGACAGACCACAGAACCAGCAUCAUCCACCAGACACACGUCCUUCAAGCGCCACCUGCCACGGCAAAUGCACGUCUCCAGUGUAGACUACGGUAACGAGCUUCCGCCGGCAGCCGAGCAGCCCACCUGCAUUGGCCGCAUCAAGCCUGAGCUCUACAAGCAGAAGUCAGUGGAUGGGGAUGAUGCCAAGUCUGAGGCCGCCAAGAGUUGUGGGAAGAUCAACUUCAGCCUCCGCUAUGACUACGAGAGUGAGACCCUGAUUGUGCGCAUCCUGAAGGCCUUUGACCUCCCUGCCAAGGACUUUUGUGGAAGCUCUGACCCUUAUGUCAAGAUCUACCUCCUACCCGACCGCAAGUGCAAGAUGCAGACCCGGGUGCACCGCAAGACCCUGAACCCCACCUUUGAUGAGAACUUCCACUUCCCCGUGCCCUAUGAGGAGCUGGCUGACCGCAAGCUGCAUCUCAGUGUCUUUGACUUUGACCGCUUCUCCCGCCAUGACAUGAUUGGGGAGGUCAUCCUGGACAAUCUCUUUGAGGCCUCUGACCUGUCCCGGGAGACCUCCAUUUGGAAGGACAUCCAGUACGCCACUAGUGAAAGUGUGGACCUGGGAGAGAUCAUGUUCUCGCUCUGCUACCUGCCCACAGCAGGCAGGCUCACCCUCACAGUGAUCAAGUGUCGUAAUCUCAAGGCAAUGGACAUCACAGGCUACUCAGAUCCCUACGUCAAAGUGUCCCUGCUGUGUGACGGUCGGAGACUGAAAAAGAAGAAAACAACCAUAAAAAAGAAUACCCUCAACCCUGUCUACAACGAGGCCAUCAUCUUUGACAUCCCCCCAGAAAAUAUGGACCAAGUGAGCCUGCUCAUCUCCGUUAUGGACUAUGAUAGAGUUGGCCACAAUGAGAUCAUAGGAGUCUGUAGAGUGGGGAUCAAUGCUGAAGGCCUGGGCAGGGACCACUGGAAUGAGAUGCUGGCAUACCCACGGAAGCCUAUUGCACACUGGCACUCCUUGGUGGAGGUAAAGAAAUCCUUCAAAGAGUGGCAGGGCCGAGCUGCCAGCUUCGACAGUGAGAGCUCAUGCCCAUCUCCGAAACCACCUCCGACACCAUGAGCCGCACAGCCGAGCCACACAAACGGGACUCAGCAACGUUCUUUUCACACUUGUUCGGGUCGUCUAAACACAGUGUUUGUGCAGUCUCGGUGAUGGCCGCCGCAGCAGCCACUGCCUGCAGCCCAUGGUCUUCACUGCUCCCGUGCAGGGCAAGGCCGAGACACUCGUCCUUUGUGAUCAGACCUGUCUUAGUCUUUUCUGUCUCCCAAGGUGAUGUUUUCGUGGUUUUUCCGCUUUGUUGGGGUCUGCUGUCGAGAAAGAAAGAAAAACACAAUGGUUAGAGAUAUAAAACAGAGUGGAGAGCCCAGAAGUGGGUUCUGGGAAUUGCAAUGUAAAACAAGCGGUCUCUUGGGGAAAGGCAGACUGAAUCUGAAAGUGUGCCUCCACCAAGAGCUCACCCCUGGAGCUGUGACCCUGUUUUCAGCGUCCUGCAAGAAUGGGACCUAUCAAUCUCAGAGCCUGUCUGAGGUGGAUUGUUCUUCUUGGGAGCUCUUUACUGCUGUGACACAAGCCAAGACGUGGUCCUCUUGUCCCAUGUUGAAAUCAUGAGACCUCUGCCAUGUUUGUGACUCUGUGGGAGAUCUCUGCUCCCCUCUUUCCCCAACUGGAAACGUUUUGAUUCCUCGCGGGAACUUAGCACUUUCCUUAGGAACGGUCCCGCUGAAACUAACCACGCCAUAUGUUUUCCAACACGCCACAGUUAAUGAUCACAUUUGUUUGAAAACACGAGCUUAGUUCUCAAAAAUAACCUUCAUUGUAAAGAAAGGAGGCGCAUAUGUUCCAGAAUGAUUUCUGUGUUAUACAUAGCUUUAUAAUUCCACAAAGCACCAAGCAGCUGCUUAAAAUGCCUAAACAGAGCAAAGAAAAAUCUAGAAAACGUGUUCUUAUCUGAAUGGGGCAUUUUGAAAUCCAAACCACAUUUUUAAGUCUGCCUGUCUGUGAAGAGCCUCCUGUUAGCUGGAACCCAGUCAGCCAGAGACUAGUUCCGACUCUGGGUCACUAACUUACCUUAAACUUUAGUUCUAUUAACUAGUAAGUAUUCUGUGUUGUUUGUUUCUGUCUCAGUGAGAGGAUCUUCGCUUGUUUUUCUAUUAGAUCUCUACCUUAGGCCAAAUUCAGUUUAGAAAACAAAAACAAAUGACUGUAUUUAUAAUAGCACAUUCCUACUGAGUGACUAGUGGCCUUCCCACUAUGUCCUGGAAGCAGGGUGAUCUGCUCAGUCUAAAGCAAACACAUGAAGGUGAGUUACCACUCCAACUUGGGGCUACACGGUACCAAUUUUCAGCGCUGUAAGACUUGCAGGAAGCCAGUCAGCUGGGGAAAACCCCUUCUUUCUUUCAAGCUACCCUCAUCCCUUGUGUCUUACUCUCUACAUAUGCCCCAUACUAUAGGAGUAGCGAUUUAAUAACGUAGCCCCAUUUUAAGCCAAGCCACCAAGUUUCUCUGCUGAUCUAACCUUAGGCCAUUGUCUGCUAUCCGGAGGAGUGGUCAGAUUGGAAUGAGCCAAGAGGAUAUUGUGGAAGAGAAACAGUCCACUUUUUUAGUAAACGUAGAUAAGUCUAGACUCCACUGAGUAUGAGCCUUGGGCUAGGGGCUGGUGUGUAAAGCUCUUUCUCCCCAAAUAUCUUGAUAUGCCUUUCUACUCAGGCAGUCCCCUAUUCGGAAGUAUUCUUAAGAUGGAGAAAACCCACAAGGUCAUGACAAGCGUCCCACUUCAUUGAGUUUCUUGACUCUAGCUGGGCCGCACCGAGGCUACCAUUGCAGCCAUACAGCCGGGCAACUGGGGAGGGGACCAUUGAGUUUUCUGGGUCAUAAGGAACAUGACCCAGUGUGAGCACUCCAUCCUCCCAGAAGUGAGUUCCAAAUGCAUGCCCAGGCAGGUGGGAUGCUCCGUUCUAAGCUUUUAGAGAGGAGGGUGUGGUCUGCAUGAAUUAUGGAAUAACACUGCCUGUCUGAGAGACCCUUCUAUGUCAUAGAUAAUCUCUCCCAUAAGUGAACAUCCCACGGUUUCAGGAAACCAUGCUCUGGUCAACCUCUUUAGUUCCAUCAGCUUUGGUAUACAUUAGGCAUGGAAGCCCACUCCAUGAAGGCUUUUAGCUCCCGGGUUCCCUCCCCUCAAGUCUCCACCGAGUGAGGCCAGAUCAGUCCUCCUCAUCCUGAAGCAUGAAUGAUAUGCACAGGCUUCUUCUUUCAUCUGUCCAGGAUCCCUCCCUCACAGAUGAGAACUCGUGGGAAACUGAUGCAGAAUAGACUGGAAUUCAAAGCUGACUGGCUUGUUGGCUUCCCCUAGUGCAAGGAACCCCUUGGGGAUGGCGGUAAGCUUUGCUGAAGUUGUGAUAACCCAGGUCAUUUGCACAUAGUUUGCAAAAGACACCAGAUUCUCCUUUCCUUCAUUUUGCAGUGAUUCUUGGCUGAGAGAUGCUCCCCUCCCCCUCUGCACUUACCCAGGAUGUUAAUUAAUUGUAUCAUCAUUUUAAAAAAUUAUGUUGUUAAUUACUGCUUUGUGUCUCCCACCCCUGUCACAGCCUGGAGUUUUUAUUCAAUUAAAUCUCUGUCUCUUGCCCA